AUGAGGAGGUUAUUGUGCUCCGGCCGGCCCUCGCAAUUUGGCCGCCGGCUGCUAAUCCCUUCACGAAUUCUAUGCUCUCCGUUCGCGCCACGCAGCCAGACUCGCAGUUCUUCGACACGCGGAACUCUUACCUACGAAGAGCACCAAUUUAUUCUCUCAUACAAUGAUUUUCCCUCGGCUCCUCUCGCGUAUGAGGCUCGAUUCAACAUACAAUCAUGGAUACCUUUCCUAAUGGAAUGUCUGCCUCCGCAUCAUUCGAGGAAACCUGCGGAUCUUCAGCAAAAUGAACACGUCUCGAUCGUGUAUCACAAGCAGGACAUAGAUCGGGCGCAUAAAUUGAUGGGAGUCUUAUGGGCGUCAAGAACAUAUGCAAACCUGGAUCCUCUGGCGCAUUUGGGAUUUGAACUGAAGCGAUGGUCUGACGUCCACACGCUUCUGAACCAAUUCAUCGAUGUAUGCCAGAUCAUCGGGCGUUACGAGAUUCAGCAACAAGUCACGCCAACCUUCGACGGGUCUAUGAGUAAUCAUUCGCUGGAUGAAAUCACCUGCGGGGACCGGCCUCCCUCGAAAAAGUAUAUCGAGUCGCUUCCAACAUCAGACCGCUUUUCUCUCGAUGCUAUUACAAGGAAGCCUGUAGCGAAUGACCUCUCCCAUCGAUUCUCAAGCGAACUUUUAUACAAUCUUGGGUCAUUAGCUCUGGCUGCAGCGGAUAGUUCCCCGCAGGAAUCCAAGGCUGCCAUGUCCUGCGUGUUCCGCCUUCUUGCACGCAUGCACAAUCUGGGCUUGAUAUCUGACGAAAUCUACAAAUACCAACCUAGCAAUAUCCACGAUCAAACUUUUCGGCCCCCUGGUCUACAUCUGCUUUCAAAUCAUAUCAUGACGGUCCUGUCUGAUGCAGCAUGGUUGGAACAUGAAUCUGAACUGGCAAAAGCGGCCACCGAAGCAGGAGAGGAUCCGCCAUUCCUGCCCUUCCCCGUUGAAUUCCGAGAGCUGGGCCCGGAAAUAUGGUUCGAGCUCAUUCUUUGGUGUUGUGUUGAGCAUGGAUCUGGUAAACAAGGCGCCUUGUUGGUCAAAAAGAUGCAAAGUCUGCAGGGUGAGAAGGAAUGGAAAGUCGAGAGCUGGGCACCUCUGGUCCAAGCGCUUGAUGUGGUGCAAGAAACGAAAAUACCUUCGGAGCAAUCUUGGCGUCGUCCGGAUAAUCACACCCCACCCAAUGCGUUCACGGGACGCAAUAAACCUCCCUUCAAUGGUCUGGGUACAAGGACCAUAAGCAGGGAGGUGGUUACAUGCUUGCGAGACACUCUGUACGACAAAGUCUAUACCGGAGUCGGCUUCCACGGAUUGUCUCUUUCGGAGCUUCUCAGCCUCGAGGCCCCCCUGACCAAAAUCCUGGAUCCUGCCGGGUCCAGUGACGAUCUCCGGCCGACAAACAUGUCCACUAAUUGGCAUAUCACACGAAUAAUCGAGUCUGGCUGUGUAGAACCCAACACGGAUCCUGACGCCUUUCAGCGAAUACUGCGCUCGACUCAAAGCGUGGUACCUCCCUGGCAACCAGGCUCUACCUCUGAGGAGAAUCUUGAUCAAGUGACAAGGUCUCAGCUGUACAACGAGUCCGCUGCCAUCUCUGGCCUCGUGGAGUACAAUAUCAAGGGAUACAUCUAUCAAAGCCAAGCUUCUCGCUCUUUUCGCCAACUCGCCUUGCUUCAGAACAUCGUCGACGCCAGCAAAGCUCGACACAUUCAAGACUUUUUUGAAUAUAUGGGACGAUCCGAAUCUGCAGAUAUCAAGUUUCUGGAAGACGGGCACUCGCCCAAUUUGAAGGUACCACAAUCUUCUCUCCCGGGGCUUUCCGAGGGGACAAUGGCCGGGUUAAUGGACAUGGCAACCUCGAGCCGUGCGCAUGGAUUCGGAAAUUGGUUGCUCUUCAGCAACGAUGCCGAUGGACCUUUGAUCCCUGAAAGCUCCUAUGGCAAUCAAAUUCUGGCGCCAUCGCUAUUACGAUUUGCGACCGCCAUCAAAAAUGCGGAACUCUGCGAGAAGAUCAUUGCUUCCCUGAGCCUGCCGCUUUCUGUCAACACGAUGAAGUCUCUUGUCAAUUUUCACAUUGCGAUGGGAGACUGGACCCGCGUACGCAUCACAUUGAACUAUAUGCGGGAUUUCAGAUUGAAGUCUUGGGGGUUCCAAAAUCUUACUUCACUGGCGGCUAAAGUCGUCACAAUAGAUGCUGAUAUUAAAAAAAAGCAUGCCCGCGGGGAAUUGGUCGGAAAGAAAGAGGAAGAAAACCUUGAUGCUGCCAAAGACAUUCUUCUGCGUUUCUUCUCCGGUGAAUUCAACACGCCUACCAGUAAGAACCGUCGAGUCACUGACUACCAAGGAAGGGUUUUAAGGCGUCUGCAUCAAGUAUGGUCGACCUUCCCCGAACCUCUGGCGGGCCUGAUGGAGCAGGUGGAAUUCAAGCGAGCAAGCAGAAGCCACCAGCGAUUGCAUUACAUCCCCAGCGUUGCCUUCAAUCAAGUGUUCGCCAGUGUGGUGGAAAAUAAUGGCAGCAAAGUCGGAAUAGAAAUCUUUUCACGAUGGUGUCAGGAUCUUCUCACGCCAACAUCGCAUCGUCAGCAAGAAGGCGGCGUGGCACGUCUCCUAAGGCGCACCGAAAUCGACCCCAGAAGUGGCAAUCCAAGCUUUGACAUAGACUGGCACAACGAAGUCCAACGCAAAGCAGUGAUUCCUAACUUGAAUACCAUCCGCAUCAUCGCACAAGCCGCGCUCCAAGAGCAACCACCCCCCCAGCCUGCCUUCGACGACGACCUCCAAUCCCCAUCCCCAAACCCAUCACUAUUCGAGACUGGCUACCGCCUCGACGUCCCGAAAUCUAUCUACCAAUACGUCAGCCGAAAUGGCGGCAAACCACCAUCCUCCGAAGCCGAAGCCGCGCUCGACUUCUGCGUUACCAUGUACCUACGCGCCCGCGCCCCUGAAGACCAAAUCGACGGCGACCUUCCAGGCCAUAUGGACCGUCUACGCGCUCGCGGUGUCUUAAGCACCCGUGCCCGCGCUCGUGACCUGGUCACUGCGCAAGCAGCGUCGAAACGAGUCAGAGAUAAGGCGAGGGAACUCCAAAACGAUCCUUUCUUGAAGGCUGAGCGGGUCGAGUCUAUCCAGGCGUGA